GGCCGUAGGGGAACAGGUCCUCUUUACAAUAGGGGCAAAAUUGUCCAAAAUAUUUGUUUGGACAACUUUGCCCCCAUAAUAACAAAGACCGGAUCCUCUCCGGGGAAGAUUAGGUAGAAAAAGCAGAGGAAGCAACCAUUCCGAACCUUUGAGGAACCAGUCGUGGCUGAGACGAAACGUUCAGGAACAAUUCAGAUCUAGAAAAAGCAGAGGAAGCAACCAUUCCGAACCUUUGAGGAACCAGUCGUGGCUGAGACGAAACGUUCAGGAACAAUUCAGAUCUGGAGCCCCUCAUCUCUCACUCUCCGCGUCUUUCAACAUCAACGCCUGGAUACCGUCGUGUGCGGCUGUGAAGUUUUGAAGCACCGCGUGAACAUCUGAAGCCCCUUCAUCAGGAGAUGUCGGAGCGGAGUAAGAAAGUGACAUAUAAUGUUUCUUUGCACCGUGAUGGAUGCGCGACAAAGGCCAUAAAAUUAGUUGCUCGUGUUGAAGGGGUUAGUUCGGUCGAGAUAAACAAGACGGCCCAGAAACUGACCGUGGUCGGGACAUUUGAUCCGGUUGAUGUGGUCAAGAAGUUGAGGAAGAAGUUCUCCCCCGUGACAAUAGUAUCUGUUGAAGGAGCAGAAAAAUCUGGGAAGGUGAAGGAAGAGCCUGAGAAAGAAGAGUCAGAGAAGGCGAACCUUGAGAAGGCGGGGACUAGCAAAGAAGAGACAACGAAGGACGCGAGAAAAGUACUUGUUGAAGGAGCAAAAAGAGGGAAGGUGAUGAUGAAGAUGAUGAUGGAGAUGAAGGCGAACCUUGAGAAGGCGGGGACUAGCAAAGAAGAGACAACGAAGUACGCGAAAAAAGUUUCUGUUGAAGGAGCACAGGAAUCUGGGAAGAUGAUGAUGGAGAGGAAGGCGAACCUUGAGAAGGCGGGGACUAGCGAAGAAGGGCCAAAGAAGUGUGAUGUGGGGAAGUUUGAGAAUGUCUACGUAGCCUAUAAUCCUUACCUGAACGAACCUUACAAGGUUGAAUUCUCAGACGAGAAUCCGAACGCAUGUGUAAUUUGCUGAUUCUUAGAUCUUAGAAGAAUUAUACUGAAACAUAAAUAAUAUGUUUGUUCUUAAAACAUUUGUACAGUUAAUGUUAUUAAUGUUUAAUGUUGUUUGGAAUGUUA